UUGCCUUGUAGUCAAAAGGCUAACACAUUCCGCAUUCUCUACCGACAACGUACUUACCAGGAAAUACCAUUUUAAAAUCAAUCUUAUUCUAUAUCCAGCCACUUUUUCAUCCCUUGUUGCUUUACUCCACCGUUUCUUCACUUGCGGUUCUGUCAGCUGAAACAAGAUGAGCUCCCCAGCAGGCGAAACGAGCGACAAGCCCGCGAACGGCCAGCUCAACACGUCAUUAAAAAGAGACAUUGCGUCGGUAGAAGAUUACGAGAUACGAGUGGGCCCUGGGUGGACGUUGAACGAUGGGACCUACAAUCAUAUACCGCAGGGCAAGAGACGCAAGAGAGACAUUCCAAUUCCGUCUUACGUCGAUCAGGCGCACCAAGCCAUGUUUGGACUAACCUCUCUCCAACUUGCUCAUAACGCUCCAAUUACUCCAUGUGCUAUGGAUAUCGCGACCGAACACCUUUGGAGAUGCCUCCCAGAGGAAGUUCAGAAUCUAGUCGAGGUCGUACCUCCCAAUGGCCCCGACUUGUGGAGUGCCGAUAGACCGGCUAUCGACGAUAACAAGGAUGACGCCGCGAAGAAGCUGCUCGGCAAAAAAAAGGAUGACAGAGAUAAUAUGUUUGAGAAGAUUUUCACAGGUCUCCAAGAAAGAACGUACAAGUACCAUUCGGAACUUAAGAAGAAACCUUGGGCGAUUUGGCCGAUCUGGGUCGAGGAUAAGUUCGGAUCGGACUGGCUCACGAUUGUUUGGUACUCCGAGGAGACCGUGGCCUCUAGCGGUAUCUACGAUAGGCUUCGGAUGUAUGAGGUAUAUGACCCGCGCCGUGCGAUGGAAGCUUCAGACAACGGUAGAUGCGAAGCCAUUGAUCUUCGCAAGAGACGAAUCAUGACGCAAUUUAUAGAUGUUCUCGCAUUUGGGGGUAUCAACACCAGGUCCGCGUCACGGUGUCCCGCAAUGAUGGCCCCGAUGGCCCGUGGCGAACACACGUCGGGUGAGCGCUGCUUUGCAGCUGUCAAAGAGAUGCUUAACUGCAUAUUGGAAAAUUAUAUUGAUGGUAGACCUUUCAACCCCAAAGAGGACGUGCUCCCGUCGCUCCCACGAUGGGUCAAUCCGUAUCAGGCUCGUAUCGAGAUGACUGGUAUCAACGCCUGGGUAUUAAUGUCCGCGUUUGACUACAACGGUCGUAUCGUGGUUGAAUGCCUUGAACCCGAGAUGAAAGCAAAUAUUGUGGUCGACGGUGCGCGCCGAACAAUCAAGCCAUACGCCCUCGCAGGGCCUCUUAAUGGACCUCAGAUAGCUGAUGCAGACUACUGCACCGAGCCGCUUGUUGGGGAGGCGGCCAAGCAAGAGCCGCAGCCUAAGAAGAAUCCAAAAGAUCAGAAAAAAGGUCGUACUUAAGGUCCUAUAUAGAAAUAUAGGUCUUAGGAUUCUGUAAGGAUGGAUGAUACCCAAUUUGGAACUUCAGGAUUGGGCAAGGCGAAAGUGAAGAUUGUAAAUACACGUAUAUUAAAUAUGGCGAAUAAUAGCUUGAUUAUACCUACUUAAUUCUGAGGCUUCGUGAGUGCCGGUAUUGCGC